AUGGAUCUCGAGAACGCGAACUUAUUCACUGCUGGAUAUGAUAAUUUGAAUCAAACCGCACGAAACGAUGAUACAAGCCCUUCCCGUCUUGAAAUCGAGAGCUACGCGCUGGAUGGGAGAAGUCCUACUGAUGUCGGUUAUUCGAUAUCUCCCUCAUCUACCCACUACCAAGGUCCGGCUGCUAGUGAGAGUAUUCAAGAAUCAUGUCUUAUGCGAUGCUUUAUUGAAGAUUUGUCUCCAUGGUUUGACCAUUGCGACGACCUCAGACACUUUCAACUAGUUGUCCCCGUCAGAGCACAACAAUGUCCAACGGUGAAAAAUGCUAUAUUCGCAGUGGCAGCGAGGCGACUAUGUCGCCUGCCGCAAUAUUCGACACCAAAGGGAAUAUUGUAUAGAGGGCAACUGUUACCUCACUUGAAAAAGUCGAGCGCUUUGGAGUAUAUGUUGAGGUGCAUUCCAGAUCUUGUUCGAUUUCCCGAAAUUCAGAAUCCAGUACACCAAGAAAACAUCAUGGCAGCAACAGUCAUUCUACGGCAAUACGAGGAGAUGGAUGAGGAGAUGGACGAGAAUGAACUCGACUCGGAUUAUCAUGACGAUCGCCGCGUUAACUUUUUGGCCAUCACGCAAACCAUAAUUGACUCAAUGAUUGAAUCACCUCUAGACAACUCUCUGGCGACCGCUGCCUACUACAUUGUUAUCCGUCAAGAGAUUUACAACGCAUUUACCAGGGAGAGCAUUCCGCACAUGCGUUUUGACUCUGAUCGCUGGCGCAAUAAUUCUAUUGCAAACAAUAUGAUUAUUUUUUCCGGAGAGGUUGCAACUUGGCGCUGGGGACAAAAGCAUACCGAAGAGUGGACGCGACUCAAGUUAAGAGAACAGCAGCUUACCCAUGCAUGUAUGGGUGAGAUAGAGCCCAUUCUCGACUUGAAGGCGAAUCGAGCAGUGGGUGAAAUUUUCCCGACUGUGUGGUACAGCUUUGAUUUUCAGGUCACCGCGAUACAGCAUCUUCGGCUAGCUCAAAUGAUCCUAGUUGCUGAAAAUCCUCACCUGGAGACGGCGUCCCGUGCCUCUCACCGCAAAGCAGAGGCACAAGUGAGAUCCAUCGUCCUAAAUCUCUGCGGUAUAGCUUUGAAUCAUCUCCGAAUCCAACCAGCGCUGGUCAAUGCAGUUAUAGCUAUCAAUUUGUAUGGUGAGUAUUUCACUGAUCCAGACGAACGCGAUGCAUUGGUUGGAAUAAUAGAUCGAACAAAAGACAUCCAUGCAUGGCCGAUGCGGAAACCGUAUGAGAAUUUACAAGACCGAUGGAAAAUGGUAGACAAUGCGGAGCUAUGA